CGGCCUCGGCCGCCAUCUUGUGCGUGGCGCCAUCCCCUGCGGCGCGGACCCCACUCCAGUCCCGACCGCUGCUCCUGAAUACGCGCUUUCUGGAAGAGGCAGACGCUGUUUUCUGUCUCCGUAGGGAUUGGUCUCGGCUGAGACCAAUGAGGCCGCACCCGUUAGCAGCCAGCCGGCUGCAGAGACCUUCCCACUCUGGUGCUGAGAAGAGCUGCCUGCGUCCUGCGGGUCGCAGAAUGGCCGGAGAUGACUAUGAGGAAAUUCUUAAGUACUAUGAAUUACACGGAACAGUCGGCACAGGUGGGUUUGCAAAGGUAAAACUUGCGCGACAUCGUCUCACUGGUGAAAAAGUUGCGAUAAAAAUCAUGGACAAGCUUGCUUUACAGGAUGACUUGCCUCGUGUUAAAUUAGAAAUCGAUGCCAUGAAGGACUUGAGUCACCAGCACAUUUGCCAGUUGUAUCAUGUGAUUGAGACACCCAAGAAAAUAUUCAUGGUUUUAGAGUACUGUCCUGGAGGAGAGCUGUUUGAUUACAUAAUUUCUAAGGACCACCUUUCCGAGGAGGAAGCUCGCAUAUUUUUUCGGCAGAUUGUUUCAGCAAUUGCUUACGUGCACAGUCAGGGAUAUGCCCACAGAGAUCUCAAACCAGAAAAUUUGCUGAUUGAUGAGGACCACAAUCUGAAGCUGAUAGACUUUGGACUUUGUGCAAAGCCAAAGGGUGGCCUUGAUUACCAUCUGAACACUUGCUGUGGAAGCCCAGCUUAUGUGGCACCAGAGCUGAUUCAGGGCAAAGCAUACAUUGGCUCAGAGGCAGAUAUUUGGAGUAUGGGAGUACUGCUGUAUGCUCUGCUGUGUGGCUUUCUCCCCUUUGAUGCUGAUAAUGACAUGGGUGUCUACAGGAAGAUCAUGAGAGGAAAAUACAGUACUCCAAACUGGCUCUCUCCUAGCAGUACAUUGCUCCUUGACCAGAUGCUGCAGGUCGACCCAAAGAAGCGGAUUACAAUCCAACACCUUUUAAGUCACCCUUGGCUCAUGCAAGGUUUUUCUGAUACUGUUCAGUGGCAAAGUAAAUACCCACUGGGACAUCUUGAUGAGGACUGUGUAACAGAGCUUUCUGUGUUUCAUGAGCAGAGCAGGGAGACUAUACUGCAAUUAAUAACAGAGUGGAAAUAUGACCACAUGUCAGCAACAUACCUCUUGCUUCUAUCCAAGAAGGCUCGUGGCAAGCGUGUUCGUUUAAGGUUUCCGUGUCUAACAGAACAUACCAGUACCACGAUGUCAACCGUCCUUGAGCAUUCAAGGCCUGAUGCCCAACUGGAGGAUAUGGAAUUCACACUGUCAACUCCAGUGACAAGAAAAGUGGCAUCAAAGAAGCAUAAAAACAAAGAGAAUGUUGAGACAGUGCCAGCUUUGAGAAAUGAAAUGCCCUUUGUGCUUCCUAAGACUCCUCUUGCAACGAGUCAAAUGGAGACACAGGUACAAGCUGUUCCCCUUAGGGCACCGGCUUUCAAAGAGAGUCAGUUCACUGCAGCCACCCCAAUUAAGAAACCUGCUAACCGGACAAAUGCAGAUGAAUUAGCAGCUGAGAUUCUUCCUGAAAGAAGGUGUCAGUCAGUGGAAUUAGAUCUCGACCUUGCACAUGUGGAUAGCAGCCAAAAGAAGAGAAAAGCCAAAAUAUUUGGAAGUCUUGAAAGAGGCCUAGAUAAAGUGAUCACAAUGCUUACACCAAGCAAGAAGAAACGAUGCACUAGAGACUGUCCAAGGAAACUUAAGGCACGCUGUAACAUUACCACCACUUAUCUGCUGAAUCCAGACGAACUGUUGAAUGAAAUAAUCAUUGUUCUUUCAAAGAAGCAUGUGGAAUAUGUUCAGAAGGGUUAUACCCUGAAAUGUCAAACACGGUCAGAUUUUGGUAAAGUAACUAUGGAGUUUGAGUUAGAAGUAUGUCAGCUCACUAAGCCUGAAGCAGUGGGUAUCCGGCGACAACGGCUUAAAGGAGAUGCCUGGGUCUACAAGAGGCUGAUAGAAGACAUCUUAUCUAGCUGCCAAGUGUGAGUGGCAGAGUCUUUUAUCACGAUGUUUUAGAAAGGUCUUUUCAGACAAGUAAUUCUUUCUCACAGUCACAGCUAUAUGUGAAAAAUCUGUCAUCUUGGGUUUUUAACCAUCCCUCCUUGUACAUAUUCCUUCUGUAUGCUUCCUUUAAUACUAGGUUUGUAAUAAAUGUUCUGCAACUACAA